AUGCUAAAACAGAAGAGCAGCAGCCACACUACCUGGGGACCCGAGCAUACCACCCCAGCUCACAGUACCGGACCGCCGGGACACAAUCCCCACGACCAUCUAAAAGCAUGGUACGAGCAGGGAGGCGGCGGAAGCUGGCUAAAUGGCAAGGCAAAUCAACCGGCAGAAUCCACCACCGUGCCCUCACCCAGCCCCCCAGAGGGGGACACACUUGCACCAGCACUCCAAACAUCCAGAAGACACCCACGCAGCAGAGCCAACAGCGGGCCACAGGACCACAUACAAGCAGUGCUCCUAAUGGCGAAAUCCAUGGGGACUCAGCGCAGAUCUAUGGCAAUGACCGGAGAGGGCGGAGAACCCCCCCUCAGCCCAUUGGACAGUCUUAUUUCGGCACAAGUUACCUUCCAGCCUCAGGCAUCGGCUGAACAGCAGUAUGAACGCUUCAUGUAG